AAUUAUAAUUUUAAAAUGUAGUUUACCGCCGAAGUGACUGCUUGCUUUUGAUUAUUUUAAUCAAACUUCAUAGCUAAAUAUUUGAAAUGUCAAAACUAGUUUUUUAUAUUAACAACAAAAGAAACUAUGUAUGCUUUUAGCUUUGCGGGAAGCUUUUUAUAGAGGAAAUUUAUAUCAAUAUCAAUAUUGAAGAUAUGAGUGAAUAUACAGUGCAUCACCUUGUGAGUGAAUUAAUCAAUAAUCUUGGUUUUACUGAAAAGUUGAGUGAAGGUGCAUCAUGUGAAGAUUAUGCAGAGAUACUAAAGAAGAGUAGAACUCCUUAUAACACAAAGUGUGCUAAUGUGACAGCUAUAAAAAAGGUCUCUGAAUCUUCUUCAUGUCCUGAGGAAUUUAUGAAAAGAUAUGAAGAAAUAAAACUCAAGCAAAUUCGUGAAGUCGAUUCUCUUGUAUCUUUUUUGUACAAAGUACAGAAUGAUGAGAAGGUAAAAAAUUUAUUGGUGAAAAAUUCGAGUGCCAAAAUCAACAGUAGUACUGUUUCAAAUGAGAAGUCAAGUAUUAAUAGCAAUUUGUCACAUAGAGAUGCCCAGUUCCAAAAGAAGAGUAAUUCUAUAAAGAGUGAGCAUGAAGGACUAAGAAAGGAGCCACCUCCACGUGUUUCAGUUCCUCCUGGCAUAUAUGCACUGCCUAAUUGGGUUAAACAUAGAAAAAAUCUGAGUUGGAAUUUUGUUGAUGAUGUAUUGCCUAAUCCAAAGCAUUGUGGUCCCAUUGGAGCUCUUCCUCCUAAUGUACAAGAAAGUCGAUUAAUUGAUGACAUAUUGUUUUGUUUAGUGGGAAUAGAUGGUGAUUAUGUAUAUUCAAAAAAAGUAGAUGGCGACAAAAGGAUAUUUCUUGUAGAUGAGUCUGCUAAUAUUGCUCUGAAGCUUUUGGUUCAAAACAUGAUGCCAAUGUUUUCUCACUACUCCACAAUCAUAAAUUUCAUUGAAAAAAAUAUUCAUUAUGAACAAGGUCUAGUCAAUCAUGCUCUUGCUGCUGCCAUGCGAAUCUUCUUAAAAGACUAUUUUGUAUUGGUCUCACAGUUAGAGAAUCAACAUAUUCAACGUAAUUUAACUCUUCAAAAGAUGUGGUUUUAUUUACAACCUUCCUUGGCAACUAUGGAGACUAUUGCUGACAUUGCUUCAAUUCUAAAUGAGGGUGAAUGCUUUGGUGGCACAGUAUUAUCAGUCCUUCAUGAUAAUACAGCUUCUCUUACUGGGUCGAGUAAAUCUCGAGAAAUUUGUCAUACUCUUACUAGAGCAGCUUCUCUUCCUUAUUUUGAAUUUUUAGAAAAAUGGAUUUAUAAGGGAAUUAUAUCAGACUAUUACUCCGAAUUCCUGGUUGAAGAUAACGAAUUAAUAAAGAAAGAAGAUUUACCAACUGAAUAUAGUGAUGCAUAUUGGGAGAAACGUUACACCAUCAGAUUUCAUCAGAUACCAGUAUUCCUGAGUAAAGCUGCUGACAUGAUUCUGCGAACUGGAAAAUAUUUAAACGUUAUUAGACAGUGUGGCAAACCUGUGAAUUGUCCUGAUGCUAAAGCAAUUGUUUAUACCACACGGGAAAGUCAAUAUGUAGAAUACAUUGAACCAGCUUAUCAUUUUGCUAGCAAGAAGCUCUUAGAUGUUUUAAUGGAUGAUGCAGAUUUGAAGAGGAGACUUCUAUCAGUAAAGCAUUAUUUUCUUUUGGACCAAGGAGAUUUUAUUGUACAGUUUAUGGAUAUGGCUGAAGAGGAACUUCAAAAGGAUAUAGAUGAUAUCAUGCCUUCUAGAUUAGAAUCUUUAUUAGAACUUGCUUUACGUACAAGUGUUGUUAAUGAAGAUAAGUACAAAGAUGAUGUCAGAGUUGAGCUCCUUCCAUACGACUUGCUGACUCAGAUGUUUAAGAUACUUCAGAUCCCUACUGAUGUUCAAAAUGAAUAUAGAAACACUGAAUCAAUGAUGCUUACAGGGUUAGAAGCAUUUGUUUUUGAUUAUGAAGUCAAAUGGCCUCUUUCACUCGUCAUUAAUAGAAAGGCUUUGGCAUAUUAUCAGAUUUUAUUUCGUCAUUUAUUUUAUUGUAAGCAUAUUGAAAGAUUGCUUGGACGUGUGUGGUCUUUAAACAAACGAACAAAGUCACUUCCUCGUUCAGAGAUGUGCCAUUAUGCAUCUGCUUUUGCUUUGAGACAGCGUAUGUUUAAUUUCAUCCAGAACCUUGAUUAUUACUUAACUCUUGAAGUUAUAGAGCCACACUGGAAUGAUUUUUUCAGGAAGAUUUCACAGGUUACUAAUGUCGAUGAGGUACUUUUCUGUCAUAAUGAUUUUCUUGAAAAAUGUGUCGAAGAUUGUAUGUUAGCAAACCCAAAGCUUUUUCAAGUGUUGGCAACUCUCAUGACUUUAUGUGCUGACUUCUCAAUUUUUCUACAAGGCAUUAUGAAAUGUUCUAUGGAUAUGGACAUGUCAGCUGCUGGUGACAGUUUAUUGUAUUCUGUACGUGAACAACCACUUUUGGAUAUGGCAAGUUGCCCAGCUGCUCUGGAAAAUUUUCAACAGCAAGUUUCCAGUUACGAGAAGAAAUUUGACCAAAGCAUCAUUUGCAUGCUUCACAUCUUGCAUAGUGUUCAUCAAAGCAAGCAGACUUCUAAAAUUAUAAAUAUGCUUUACAGAUUGGAUUUCAGUCGUUUCUACGAGGAAAUCAGUCUGAAGAAAAUGGGAAAUGAAGAUGAUGUUUGAUCUUCUUGUGUGGCAUUCCUCUUGAAUUCUUCCUUGUGAAUAGUGUUGUAUUAUUUAUAAUGUUUAAAAUUUAUCUCAUAUAUUGUUAUAUACUUAAUAUUACUAAUAGUAUAGAUUAACCUUCCACCACAUUUAAAUUCAUCAUAUUUCAGUUGUUGUACAAUUAUUUGAUUCAAUUGUUUCCUUUAAACAGUGCCAAUAUUCUAUAUUUAAUGUAGAUAUAACUGAAAUAAAUUUUGAUUUUCCUCAACAUAUUUUCUUUUAA